UAUUAUUACAAUGGGGGAAUAAAAGCUUAAUACAAUCGCUUGUAAUUUAAUUUUUCAAGAGCUUCCUGUGUUUCAUCGAUUAAAACAUUUUAAACACUUUGCAGACAGAUCAAGUUAGCCGGUUGAACAUUGUUGAGAAGUUGAAAUAACUUAAAUAAAUAAGUUUUAUAUUUCUAUCCUAAUAGAUAAAUUUAAAUCAAGUCAGAUAUAAAAGUACUCGGAUUUUAAAAGCGCUUGACACUGCAAGCAGCCCUAAAGAAAAUUCAGAAGAGGCUCCAAAAGAGGAUAUGACCGAAAUGGAUAAGCGUUAUUUAGAUAACCCUUAUCCCGAUUAUAUGGGCGAACCAACCACACCAAGCGGCUACGAUGAAGAGCAUGUGAAGGAUCUUAUUUGCACCUAUGUUGAUUCUAUCUUAGAGUACGUACGUCCCGGUGGCGAUGAUGAUUCACGUGGGGAUUUGUAUGUUGGCAAUGCUGGCAUUGCAUAUAUGUUUUGGAAGAUGUCGCGUUCUGAGAGAUGCAGAGACUUGUAUCCCGCACUGGAUCACGCUUCAGCUUUUAUACGUGAUGCUAAAAUAAAUGGUGAACGUUAUAAGAAACGUUCUGCUGAGCGUUACUCUUAUUUGUUAGGCAAUGCCGGUAUUUUUGCUGUGUCUGCUGCAAUUUCGCAUGACUUAAAUCAGACAGAGGAUCUGUCAAAUGAUCUGGCUAACUUCAAGUCUGGUAUAUCUGCAAGCAAGGAGUAUAUAAGCACUAAAAAUGGUUGCGAUGAAGUACUUGUUGGACGUGCUGGUUUUUUGACAGGUUGCUAUUGGUUGAAUGACGUUUUAAGUGAAAAAAGAAUUACCGAUGACGAUAUAGUUGCGAUUUGUCAAUUGAUUAUUUUAAGUGGACGUGAAUAUGCUAAGCAUACUGGUUCGCCAUUACCACUUAUGUAUCAGUAUCAUGGCACUGAAUACUUGGGUGCGGCUCAUGGCCUAUGCGCCAUAUUACAAGUACUGCUGGACAGUCCAUGGUUUCGCACAGAUCCAAUUUCUGCACCCAGUGCUGAUCUACGUGAUAUCAAACGUUCUAUUGACUUCUUUCUUUCGUUACAAGAUCAAGAGGGCAAUUUCCCAGUAGCACUUGAAGAUUUGAAAACUGGUCGUGAAAAACGUUUGGUACAUUGGUGUCAUGGUGCACCUGGUGCUGUUUAUUUAUUGGCAAAAGCGUAUUUGAUAUUCAAGGAGGAUAAGUAUUUACAUAGCUUGCGUCAUGCUGCUGAUUUGGUGUGGAAGAAAGGCUUUUUGCGCAAGGGUCCAGGUAUAUGUCACGGUGUCGCUGGCAAUGGCUAUGUAUUCUUGCUAAUGUAUCGUCUAACCAAUGAGCCUAAGUAUAUGUAUCGUGCCGUUAAAUACAUGGAGUUGUUGACCAAUUCGGAAUUCAAGCAUCGUGCCAGAACACCAGAUCGUCCCUUCAGUUUGUAUGAGGGCGUGGCUGGUACUGUAUGUUUCUUGAUUGAUUUGUUGGAACCGGAGCAGGCACACUUCCCUUUCAUGGAGGUGUUUCGUUAAAUGAAAUCACAUCACAUCACAUAUAUUUAAUAAUACAGCAAGGCAGGAAUUUUCACGCAUAUCAGGGAAAACUCAAGCGUAUGUUUAUUAAAAAUUGUUUAAUUUAUUAUAUUUAAUAUUACUAAGCUAUUGGCAUAUAUUUGAAGCGUUUACAUAAAAUUAACAGUAUUCAUUAAAAAGAAUUUGAAUUGAUACUUAA